UGACAUCACGUGAGGUCAAUGAUCUUUAAAUGUCAAUGUCAUUUUUUAAUAUUGUAAAUUGUGAUUUUGUGAAAGCACAAAAAUUUUUAAUUUCAUUUUCGUUUUGUGAUUUUUCAUUACUUAAUACACGUCCUGAUUAAAUCAAUUUAAGUUAUACACUAUAGUUACUACUAUACUCGUAUUACGUAGUAUGUUUGCAUUGCGACAAGAAAAAAAAUCAGUUUUCACAUGUUGUAUAGAGGUAGCCUAAUAAGUUCACUCUUGGUAAAAAAUAAAUAUUCUAAAUUAUUUAAAAUGGCAAAAAGUUCAUUUGAAUAUGUUAAAAAUUUUGAGCAGGAUGACACUCUGUUACCAAAUUCAUGGAUUGUGGUCAGAUUAGAUGGUAAAUGCUUUCACAAGUUUUCUGAAGAUCAUAAUUUUGAAAAACCUAAUGAUUCAAGAGGAUUACAAUUAAUGAACUAUUCAGCUUAUACUGUGUUAAGUGAAUUCAAUGAUUUGUUGAUGGCAUAUGGACAGAGCGAUGAAUACUCAUUUAUAUUUAAAAAGAAUUCAACAUUAUAUAAAAGGCGAGCAGCAAAGCUUCUGACUACUAUUAACAGCAAAUUUACUUCAUCAUAUGUUUUUUAUUGGAAUAAGUUUUUUAAUGACGAAUUAAAGUAUCCACCAGUAUUUGAUGGUCGUAUAGUUUUGUACCCAUCUGAAGAGAAUCUUAUAGAUUACCUUAAGUGGAGACAAGCAGAUGUGCAUAUUAAUAAUCUUUAUAAUACAACAUUUUGGACUCUUGUUUUACAGGGAAGUCUCAGUCCUGCUCAGGCUGAAAAACGAUUGAGUGGCACAGUGUCUGCAGACAAAAAUGAAAUAUUAUUCAAAGAAUUUAAUAUAAACUAUAACAAUGAACCAGAGAUGUUCAAGAGGGGAACAUUACUGAUAAGGAAAACUUUAUCCAAUGAAGCUUCAAACAAAAACAUUUCUGUUAUUGUGGAUGUCCACAGUGAUAUGUUGAAAGAUUCUUUUUGGAAAGAACAUUGUUAUUUAUUAUCUAAAUCCAAAAUUCAGUAUUUGAACUAUGAAGGACCUUUAACAGAUAUUGUUAAAGAACAGAUUGUUUGCAAAGCAAAAAUGGCACAAGAACAAAUUGAAAUUAGAGUAUAAGGAUAGUAAUUAAAACAAGAUUUGAAAUGUAA